AACAACUAUGGGAACUUGUUUUUCGUCUCGCUGGAAUUCCUGCUGUUGUUUGGCUGGGCUGAUUGUUAUUGCAAAUAGAAAAUAAUUUCGAGUGCCACGAGUCUCUGAAGUAAUGUUCAAUAUUAAUAUAUAUAGAAUAGAUUACCAAACAGUCAUGCAUUUACAAUUAGUUAAUCUCACUGGCUUGUUGCUUCUGGCAAAUUUCGGGUUUUGUCAGGACACUAUAUCACGCCAACAGACGUGUCAAAGGUUGAAUAAUGUGUUUCAAAGCAUAUGCCACGAUACACCAUUGCCAAUUUCGGCGAGAAAUCAAGGUAUACCCGGGAAGAGAGGACCCAAAGGAAACAUGGCGCCACUGGACAGCGUGGAAAUAAAGGAGAAAGUGGUGUAGUAGAUUAUUCCAGAGUUAAUGAAACAAUAUCGAGAAGAUUCAAUGAGCAAAUACAUACCCUCAAUGCUAGACUGGAAAAACUUGAAGAGUCAGGACAAACUGGAGCAUCCCCGACAGCAGAGUGUACCAACAAAUGGGACACUGAACCUGCGGAUUACAUGUAUAUCGGCUGUUACAAAGAAGAAACUCCGUGGCAGGGUAAUCUUAUUGUGACGCCAGUUGAAGGGAGAUUUCCGACUGUUACGGAAUUUUAUCGUCACAGAACCAAUGCGAUAGAAAAAUGUGCAAAGGUUGCUUGGUGCUUGGGAUAUAGAGUAUUCGUGCUGCAAGAUGGUGGAUGGUGUGCAACAUCAGCCAACGCUCACAAAGUAUAUGGCAAAUAUGGCUCAUCAACUGCCUGCGCCCAAGACGGGGAAGGAGCUGGUGGGACAAAUGCAGUCUACAUGAUAAUCAGAUAAACCUAAAUUACAGCCUGUUAUAACAUCCAGUUAUGUUAUUCUAUGUUGCCAAUUUGUGUAACGAUUUUUCAGGAUUUGUACAUCUUUGAGUUCUACAAACCAAGAAUACAUUGUUAUUGUUGAACGUAUUUUUAUCUUGCCAUUUCGUUAUAUUUUCUUGUUUCAUAUUUACAACUUAUCAAUGCUUAAAUAUAUUUACACGUAAAUAUAGUAACUAGCCAAAUUAACGGUAGGCAGCAUAUGACACACACGGAAAUGUUUGAUUACUGAAUUCGCAAAAUUAAAAUCAAAGACUUCCGUGACUAGGGCGUUGAUACCUGAUGGUUCAUUAGUUACGUGUAUACGGUCGCCAGUAAAAUCGAGGUCUUUUGUAGGUCAUAUUUAAUUAUUUAUAUUAUUUUAUAUUAAUUUUAUUAUUGAUAUAUCUCAUUGGCGUGCGUCUAAAACG